AAAUGUAUUAUUACCAAAAUAUCAAGUAAAACUUAGUGGAGAGUUUUUCAUAAUUGUCAAAUAGUCGUUACAAAAUGGCCGACUCAACGGAACAGGAGCUUGAAGGUGAUGAAAAAAAGGUGGUAAAAGAAAUACCUGUAGUUCAGGAUCAAGGUUACUUCAUUCACGACACUGGAGAUACUUAUGAAGGGUUUUUUGAAGCGAAAAAGAAAGAUAGAAAUGUUAAAAUGCAUGGUCCGGGGGUGUAUACAACUGCCGAAGGAGACGUCUACGCAGGUAAUUGGGAGGCAGACCGUCUAGGAGGCAAUGAAGAAUCAACCAUAACCUUCACAGAUGGCGCUAAAUAUGAGGGAACACUCAAAGACUGGUGCUACAGUGGCCAUGGAAAGUACACAUACCCUGACGAAAGCACUCUGCUUUGCGACUUUGCUGAAAACGCUCCCGUAGGUAACUUAAAGCUUAUUGAUCCAAACGGACACACUUGGUUAGGCAAAGCCGACCAGGGUUUUGGAUGGUUCCAACCGGUUAAUCAUUUCUAUGAGAUGUUGGAAAAGACACGCGAUUUUAGAUUUCGGAAGCAUACAAAGAGUAAGGAUAUAGAAGACGCGGAUAAGAUUUCGAAGAUUCUAAAAUGAAAUCGUUUAAAAAUUUAUACCCUACUAGAUUAAAGUGAAGGGAGAUUAUUUAUUUUAUUAAUUAUUGAUGAUAAUAAACUAUUAGGUUAUUG